GUGGUAGAAAGCUAUUAAUUAUUUCCAGUGCCAAAAGUUUUUAAUAAAUAAUGUGAGCAUUGUCAUGAUUUAAUACUCUAAUAUACGUAUACGCAUGUUCAUUAGCUGGUCUACUAGCUUGGUUAUUACAAAAGUGAUGAAUACGUAUACUGAUAUUAAUUACUUACCAUUUCCAAUGAUAGAGUUCCCUUCUCCAAAUACUUGGGUACCACCUUCUUGAUCUUAAUCAAUAAAAUAAACAGCUGGAUCUGCCAUUACAUUUAAUUAAAAAUUACAUGUGCUUGUCUCCAUACCAUUUAAUGAAUUGCUUUCUAAAUCUGAUCUUUCCGUAUUUAAAGUGAAGCAGCAGUUUCUCCUCUAUCGGAACAUCCAGAAAACUAAGAAAUUAAAUUACACACAAUAUCAUCAAUAAUGGACGAAGAAGCUCAAGCUCGAGUAGAUGUGUGGAAAUAUGCUUAUGGCUUUGAUACGAUGAGAGUGGUGAAGUGUGUGAUCGAACUAGGAUUACCUGAUGUCCUGGAAAAUCAUGGGAGUCCCAUGACUCUUUCUCAACUAUCAUCUGCUGUGGGCUGCCCGGAGACUUCUCUCUACCGCAUUUUGCGUUUCCUGACACACAAUGGGAUCUUCAAAAAGCUAGGUAACUCAACAGAAGAUCCUGCAUCAGUUUCUUAUGCUCAAACGCCGCUUUCCCGUCUCCUCACCAGAGAUAACAUGGGCCCUUUCGUGCUUCUACAAGCCGGGCCGCCGGGAAAACAGUUUGGUAUGAGCGCCAAAGAUUUAAAAGCUGGAAAAGGAUCUGGUUUAGAGGCUGCGCCUAGUGAGGAUAUAAUAUGGAAGGGUGAAGUAGACCCAGCGUUUGAUAAGCUGUUCCAGGAAUUUUUGGCAUGCCACGCUAGGGCGUCCACAAAGGCGAUUAUCGAUUGCUGUCCUGAAGCAUUGCAAGGAAUUGGUUGUUUGGUGGAUGUAGGUGGUCACGAGGGGACGGCUGUAGGCAUGCUGGUGAAGGCUUUUCCUUGGAUGAAAGGGAUUAACUUUGAUCGCCCUGAGGUGGUGGCUGAGGCUCCACCCAUUGAUGGGAUUGAGCAUGUUGGAGGAAACAUGUUUGAAAGUGUCCCAAAAGCUGAUGCAGUUAUGCUCAUGUGGAUAUUGCAUGAUUGGAGCGACAGCAUGUGCAUCGACAUCCUCAAGAAAUGCAAAGAAGCUGUACCGGCGGAAACAGGGAAGGUGAUAAUUGUUGAAGCUGUGAUUGAUGAAGAAGGAGGUGAUGAAUACACGGGUGCUCAUUUGGCAUUGGAUAUGACGAUCAUGGCUGCAACCGUAAAUGGGAAGGAAAGGACUGCUAAGGAAUGGGGACAACUUCUGGAUGCUGCAGGCUUCAGCAGGCACACUAUCAAGCAUAUGAAAGCCAUCGAAUCUGUCAUUGAGGCCUAUCCCUGAUUGUGUGUGUCGCAGUGCGUUUGGUCAUGGUUGAAAGAUUUCAAAAUAAUUCACUUCCAUAAGUUGCUUUUUGGGAGAAGUAGUUGUUUCCUACUUUAACUUUCUCAUUUAUUAAUUUUAG